AUGAGGGCGUUUGGCACCGACCUCGGCUCUUCGCAGAAAGUCAAGCGCUCGGAGCGAUCGCCCAGCGAGGAGCGCGAGGCCGGUCUCUGCGCCCGUGAGGCAUCCGCUGGUGCUGUUCCGAGGCUAGCGAUCGAUACACUGCAAGGUGUAGGCCAGCACGCGAGUCGGAGCAAAACGCAGGAUGUGCCCCGAGAGUCCGAAAAGACUCAGUCUCCUGGCUUCGAGAGAACAGACAGCGGCGCCUCUGGCAAGGAAACCGCGGAUCCGAGCCCGCGCUCGGUUGACUCCGCUGAGAGCUGCAGCGUCGACGACUCGGCGGGAGCCUUCACAGAGCGGAGAGAGGAAGGCUUCCCCGAGCAAGCGCGUCGGCACGGCGGGGGCGUCGAAGGUGAGGGCUGUGGGGAGCCUGCGGGUGUUUCGCGGAAACCGUCCACCGAUCGCGUUGAGGUGUCUCGAGAAGCGCCGAGCUCUCUCGAAGUCGCUUGCGGACAUGUCCGAAUUGCGGCUGAAGAAGACAACGCGAUGCAGCUCGGAAACCCGUCGGCGGGCUCUGCCGCUGGAGCAAAGAGGGGUGCAUGCGUUUCCGGUCCAGUCCCGGGACUCGUCCCUCGCCCGCCUCGCCUGUCGCUCCCAGCGUCGCCGGCAGGCCCCGGGGACGCGGAGAUUUCCGAAGGGGGGCUGACGCGGAGAAGAGCGGAGGAAGAGCGUCGACGCAUGGAAGCCUUGCUCUCGUCGACAAGUGAAGUGAUGAGUCGGAGACUCGAGGUUCUGAAGGAAAGCAUGGAGACCAAGGAGGCGAUCAUUGACCAGCUGCUGAGCAGGUGCCGCAGACAGGAGGAGGAUCUCGCGAGUACCAGGGCACUGUUUGCGUCAGUCGCGGCGGAGAAUGCGAAGCUCAGAAAAGAGUUGGAGUCGCAGAAGCAGCACAUGGAGAAGAAGGAGGCAGACCUCUCCGCUCGGGUCGCUCGGAGUCAUCGCCAGGUUUCGCCUUUCCAGAGCAGGCCGGAGGAGACAGGGGAGGAACUCGGACAACGCAUGCGGCAAGCGGAUCCAGAGAACGCGAGGGAUCCUUCGCGCGGACGCGCCGGGAAUGACAGGAGAGCUAAAGGAAAUAGAGAGAGACGGAGAGGAUGUGGAGAGAGCAUGCGGCGGCAGCUGAGUGACGAGUUGGAACCCGAUGCAGAGGCCGAGAGGGAUGACCACUGCGCGUCUUCGGCCUUUCGACUUGAUUCACUUCCGCCUGGAAGUGAGGAAGAAGGCGAAGAGCACACACAGGGCCUCGAGAAACAGGCAGACGUGAGAAAUCUCCUUCCUUCGCAAACCGAACGGAGGAGAAGCCCGCAACGGGAAUGGUGGGGGAUAGAUGAAGAGGAGGACGGGCGAGAAGUGAAGAGCAAAGAGGCGAAACGCGCGGGAAGGACACGAAAGGACCGGCUGCCUGCGAUUCGAAAGUAUGAUUCGUUCCGCAUGCAGUGCUCGUCGUCGGGCUCGCUGGAAGCUCCAGAAAGCGCCGGUGCCUCUUCAGAAAGCCAAGGGGCUUCUCGUGUUUCGUCACUGACUCGGCGUCCUUCUCGCUCGCGUACGGCCGGGGCUUCUAGCGCUUCAGAUCCAGAUUCCCAGGACAACGGCACAUCCGACGUUUCGUCCUCUGCGUGA